AGGAGGAUGGGGGAAUCCCCCUCGAAACGCGUUACCAAGCAACGAGCGUCGUUUCGCAUCCCGCGUAGAAAGCGCGCAACGCGCUGUAGUGAGUGAGAGUCGAGCAGUUGCGAUGUUCGCAAGUGUUCUGUUUCUGAUUGUUGUGGAUGUUUAAAUAUAGGAUAUGAAACAAUGAAGUGAUUGAAAUUUCUUCGUGAAGAUGAAAGAAACGGCGGCGGAAUCGUCGCCGAGCAAACUCAGCAAGGGUCUGCUGAUGGUGCCCAAGAACGCCGCAAUUUUGCAGCACCGACGCGCGGGCUCGACGGGCACGACCGGGGACGAAUCCUAUACAACCGAUGAAGAAGACAACGUCGAGAUUGACGAACCCGAUCUUCGAAACCCUAGGAAACUCUUCAACCAUGACAGCAGCGACUUCGGAUCGUUUUCGGACAUCGCGACCAUCACCGACAAGGUGAUGCACCGGAACAGUUCCGACAGUUCGGUCUACAGCGAUUUGGGGUUGGACAAGUUGGAAAAAGGAGAGGACCAAACGGAUUGGGCUAGACAAGUGGUCGGCGCGAAAGAGCAGACUUUUGCGCGGCUGCAAGACGAACUGCGAGAUGCCCAUCAAGAGUUGAAGCUGAAAGACGAAGAAGUGGCCAGAUUGUCGCGCAUUAGACAGGAUGUGGAGGCCGAACUCGAGGACUUGACUGCGAGCCUCUUUCAGGAAGCGCACAACAUGGUCAGGGAGGCGAAUGAGAAACAAGCGACUGCUGAAAAGGCUCUGAAGGAAAGCCAAAUGAAGGUGGACGUCCUAACGGCUGAAGUUGCCGCCUUGAAGACGUUGGUUUUGACGUCGACUCCGAGCAGGCCAAACCCUCACCUGCAUCCACAGAUCGACGGAAGAAUAAAGGAUGAAAGUAAGAAGCAUCGCAGGUCUCCAAGUCACUUUAAUCUGAAAUAUGGACGGGAAAAUUCGCCGCCGGAGUCACCGGUAAAGGAGGUGUAUCACAUCCCAUGCGAAGUAGAAAAUAAGGAGGGUUUGGAGGUGGAUCCGAACGUGCAUCGGGAAUUUCUGGCAUGGAGACAAAAACCGUGUUUGGACAAAGGCGAUCCGUUCGUGCAGAGAAUUUAUCGGGAAGAUAUCGAUCUGUGUUUGACGUUUAGUAAUGAAGACUUGUCGACAAAAGUACGAGAAGCGGUUGAAUCGGGAACUAUACUCAUCGAGGCUGUGGGGGACAAAACUAAGGCCAUGUUUCCUAAAAAAUGUGCUUUACUUGAAGUACCAAGGCUGUGUUUCUAUCGAAUGAACAUUGGAGAGACGGAUACCUGGUACAGCAUAUCACAGAUAUGUAGAAAUAGGUUAAUUGCCGUUUGUGAUUUUUUAAACUAUCUCAAAUACAUCGAACGCGGUCUCGUGAAAAGUUCUGCACAUGACGUCUAUUGGGAGAUCGUUCGAUUAAGGAAGGAAAUGGUGUUAGCAAGAUUGGGACUAAAUCUCAAUUCUUGACGCUAACAUCAUUGCCACGAAGAAAUGUGCCAAGAAUCUGAUAAUUCAAAACCAAAGACUUCUUUUGUAAAUAUUGCGAAUUAGUUGCUUGAAGAUUAUUAUUGUCUUCCCAGAUUUUAAUUGUAAAUACCAAUUAUUAGAGAAAAAACUCAAAUAUGUAUUGACUGUUAAAAAUUUUCCUUUUUUUUAAUUAAAUUCAGGAAUAUUACAAAUUUUCUGUAACGAAUUAAUAAAAAAUCUUGAAACAUAAA